UUUCGGACGAAGACACAAAAAAUAUUUUAUGACCGCUUUAGACACAGAAAAGAUCGUACUUUAAACUUUUUAGUAUGUUAUCUUGGAUGCUUUAGUAUGGACGUACGAAAUGAGCUCAGCUGCUCAAGUUUUGAGAGCAAGAGACCAUAACAGGAAAAGAGGACACCAGUAACAGUAAACAACAACUGUGACAUCACGGAGCAGCGACCCACCUCCCACACCUUGCCUGAACCCUUCUCACCCCUCCUAUUGUUCACUUCCCAUAUUUUCCCAGAUUCCCAUCCCCCACAGUGCAAAAUCGCCUUUAGAUGGAAGCACUUUUCCCUCCCCUAAUCAACAAUGGGAUUUCACAAGACCAGUGGGAGCAAGAGUUUUUGACAAUACUCAUCAGACAAGCAGAAAGCCUAAAGGCGACAAUAUCCGAGAGUGGGAAGAGUAUUGCAGAGCUAUGGGUAACUCGUCAAAGGUUGGAGGACCUCUACAAGCGACUGUUGUUAAUGGACCUUGAGUAUGCCCUUGACAAAAAGGUUGAGCAAGACCUGUGGAAUCAUGCGUUCAAAAACCAGAUUACUACACUUCAAACACAAGCUAAAGAUAAACAUAAUCCAAAGAAAUCAGAGGUACAGGCCAACUUGAAUUUGUUUCUAGAGACUGCCAGUGGCUUCUACUUGCAGUUUCUUCAGUUAAUAUGCUCAACUUUCAAGCUGGACUUGCCCUUCAGACGCAAAUCUGCUGCGUUUGGGGUCAUGAAAGAAAAAUGUCAGAUACGUGCAAAGAUAACCCCUCCAAAGAAGAGCUCCUGUUUGUACAUUUGCCAGUACUGCUUGGUACACCUUGGUGACAUUGCUCGUUAUAGACAGCAAGUGGAGCAAGCCCAAACUUUUUACAGGCACGCUGUCAACCUCUCCCCACAAAACGGUCAACCGUAUAACCAGUUAGCUAUUCUGGAGGUAAAUCGCAAUAACAAAUUGUCAUCUGUGUUUUAUUACGUGCGGAGUUUGGCUGUGAGACACCCUUUUCCUGUGGCCGCAACCAACUUAGAGAAGUUCUACAGCAAGCUUAUCAAGGACACUUCUGAAUUCAAAGGCAAGAUGGCCCAAAAUGAGUUUGUGAAUGCAUUCUUGCAGUUCCAGGCUCUCAUUCAUUUGUCAGCAGAUUUCAACCGGGCCUCCUAUCUAUGCAGCCGCAUUUUGUCCUGUUUGCCAGCUCAUCUGAUGUCGCAGACCUUCAGUGCUAGUGUUUUAGUGCAGUGUGUGGCCAUCACCAUCUUUACACUCAAUCAUGUUCGGCACAUUCCCUCUGGUGGUGAUACCAAUGCUAACUUCACAAAUGUUGCAAAUACCAAAAGUGCUGGAAGUUCUGGAGAUGGUAUUGGUAGCGGAAACAUGAUGAAUGUAAAUGAAUCUGUACCAAAGUUAAUGAACCAGUCAGAGAUUCUGUUGAGUGAUGAUGAAGAAAAGAGUAUAGAAAUUCUGCUUCGGUUUACAGCCUCAGUUUUGGAACUUCUUGUGCAACAUACUCCUCGAAUACCAUCUAAGGCACGCGAAAGUCCGACACUGCCAGCCAUUCAAGUACUUCUUCAAUGGCUUUGUCACUCCCCAGAUAUUAUCACUAGCCCGAUCUUCUGCAACUCUUGUCUGUGGGGAUACCUGUCAAAAAUGCUUAACACCAUCCAACUAAUGGAAGAUGACAAACCUAGGCCCAACAUGGCAAAAUAUGAGGAGGUUCCUUUGCCAGAAGAUACAGAGCUGCGGUGUUUUCAGCCUAUUGAAAAGGCUCAUAGCAAAUAUAGUUUCAGCCGCAUUCCUGUUGAUGGCUUCCCACGUGGUGUUGAGGAGCUGGUGCGCUGCCAGAGGCUUGUGGCAGAGGGAGUGAGCAUUGCUGAAGAUUUUCCUGAACUUAAGAUGACCUUCACGCAACAAGGUGAUCCUCUCACGAUGCACUUCUCAGCUCCCUUACCAUUCAAAGGUAAUGAGAACAGUCCAUCAUCCCAAGAAAGGCGUGCAAAACAGAAUGUUGCAAUGCAGACGAUCAUGAAACAUGGCCAUGCAGAAUCAAUGGAAGUGAGGGGUGAGAAGGAAGCAAUGUGCGCAAGUCAGACAUCUCCUAAGUACCUGCUGGGCACCAUCACCAGUGAACCCCAGUUCAUGAAACACACCGCCAGCAGUGGGAGUUUAAGCAGUGCAGGGGGCAGCAUCAACAACUCUGGCCACUUGCAGUCCCCUCCCAGUGCUGCCCAGCCAUCCUCUGCUCACCCGGCACAGUCGUCUCAAAUGAGGGGGUCAUCACCCUUUCACGGUCAGUCCCCAAGAGUUGCAUCCCCUAUGCAGAGUAUGGGGGUGUCUUCACUGCCACCAUCUCCACCGCAGCAGCAGAUGCAGAUGUCUUCAGUACAAGUUGCGCAGCAAAAGCCACUACAGCAGUCCAAACCACAGCAGCAAGUGGUGCUGCCACCUUCACAACUGCAAUCCCAGCAGCAACAACAACAGUCGGCUCCAUUUGGGACCCAGGGUACGUUUAACAUCUGUAUUGCGCAACCUGUGAAUGUCAGGCCAUCACACCCUGUCUCCCAGAUGAAUGCUCCAGCUACUGGAUCAAAUGCUGCUCAUCCAUUCCAAGGGCACCUGCAGAACAAUAUGAGCUUUCCGAGUCAUUCUGCUCCAUUUCAAGGCCAUAUACUGGUCCCAAACCAAACUGCAGUGCAAAGUCAAGGCCAGAUGCAAGGGCAUCCUAGUCAAGGCCAAUUACAAGGGCAUCCUGGUCAGAGUCAAAGUCAAAACCAUGCAGGUCAAAGCCAACUUGGAGGUCAUUCUGGUGCAAGUCAUGGUCAAAUGCAGGCUCAUAACUAUCUUGGAAAAGGUCAAGGUGUUCCAGUUGUGCAAGGGCACCUGACGGAGGCUCAGGGGAGCACCAAGCCAGGAUUACCACCUGCACACCUGAGUCAGUUUCAGCCAUUUCAGAUGCCAUUCUCUGGGACCAGUAAUGAGCAUUUCCGAACAGCCCCUGCACCCUUGGGAAGCCCAGGAGUGGCUGGAUCACAGGGCGAUUCGUCCAGGAUGGGUCAGUUUCAGUCAGGUCAUGGGAUCACGGGGGUAAGUGGCACAAAUAGCACUGGCAUAAGCCAGACUGCUACAGGGGCUCAAAAUCUCCACCAAAAUGCUGCACAGCUCCCUCUCAACCCAGAAAUGCUGUCAGCACUGCGGCUAGCCAGUCAGAUCUCACAGCAUCAGCAGCAGGCUCUGGCUCACACACAACAGAUGAAGAUGGGUGGUCCUCUCUCUCAUCAGCAGCAGCAGCAGCAGCCACUUCCCAGCAUGAGUCGUGCACCUAUUCAGAGGGCACCAAUGAUGGGGCAGAACCCUAUGGCUGGUCCAGGUCCAGGCUCAGGCCCAGCUUUAGGUCAUUUCCCUGGUAACCUGCAGCAGCGAUCAUUUUCUACUGGUACAGGUCUCUCAUUUCCACAGGCAAUGAGGGACCCCCUCCAGAACUCCUCACUUCGCCAUCCCAACCCUCACCUGCAGGCCUCAUUGGCACUGGGAACCCAGCGAGGGCAUGACAUGGGGAGCAGCCAGAUGCCCCGCAUGCCUCCCCCUAUCCCAUUGCCAGGACAGCACGCCCUUGUUGGGGGUGGGGGCUUCUCCUCCCUCUCACAGCCACUUUUCAAGGAUGAGCGAGUGGAUGGUGGCCGAGCAUUUCAGACAUUGUCUCCCCUAACAAUUCAGCCACCCAAAGCCUGUCCUUCAGAUACUCGAAUCAGCACUAGUUUUCAAGGCCAUGCCGAGGGAACACCUAAACCGGAUAAAGCUGAGACUUAUGCUCCUGACAAGAGGGAACAUGAACCUGUAAUCUGCCGUGUGGAAAUGCCAGUAGCACAGCCAAGUGGAGAGUACUCUUUGUUUGCCAGUUCUUCCCCAUGGUCUAUGUCACUUAGUUCAGGCGGGGACUCGAAGAGUUUGUCUGGAUCAUCACAGUUUUCAUCACAAGACAGCAGCUUGCGCAACUCACCAGUUGUCAGCUUCGACUCACCAACAGGACAACAGUAUGAUGCCUUACGAUAUCGAGGACAUGUGCCAGAGCCAUGGAUCUUGCAGGGCUCAGGAUACGAAGAACCUAAAAGCAGGGUGCAGCCACCCACAAGUUCACUCUGGUCUGAAGCUUCAUCCAUGAGCCCUCUAGAACGACUGCUGGAACAGCAAAGACUUCAGCGCCAGACAGACCCACACUGAGGUUUUCAGGAAACUUAGGAAAAGGAAAAUGAAGAUAAAACGCCGAAAUGGAGGCUAAAUUAAUCUGGCAUGCCUGACUGGGAUGCUUUGCACUGAGAGACCCAAGUCAGCUGUGCCCUAAGCUUCAGGGUCAUCUCUUCAGCUAUGCUGACAACAGUUUUGCAUGAGCCUAUCCUUGCAAGUGCAGCUUCACCUGUGUGUAUGUUUCUUCUGUGCAAGUGCUGGAGAUGGCUGGCUUUGGCUAUAACCAACGUUAAAGGCCCACCCAGCGCAAGGCUUACAUAGAGCCAAUGAAGAAGAAUUCAUCCAUAAUCUGAGAGAGAACACCAACAAGUCAGAGGAACUGAUCAAGUCAUUGUUGUGUGCACUGGACACCUUGUAGACAACAUGUAGCAUUUUUUUAAAAGAAAAAGGCAUUUUGUUGUUUGUUGCAUAUAAUGCUUUUUUUCCAGCUGAGGUGGUUGAUGGGGAGGGGGUUUGACCUGGAGCAAGGAUCAGUUGUGUUUCAUACAGUGCAUAUCUCUUUAUGAAACACAAUUUCAUUUACUUUUAAAAUAGAAGAGAUGCCGUUAUAGGCCAAGAGUGGAGGUCAAGAUGUUUGGGUCAUUUCUAGACGUUACGUGCUGCAGAUUGUGUAAAUUGUAGCGUUUUCUUGAAUGUCAAUGAUUGUCAUGCACAUAUGCCAAAUUCAUCUCUGAUGAAGUGUAUGACAAAGGAGGACAAUGUUCAGAAUCACAUUUAUUUUGCUGCUUCUAGCAGUAAGCUUUAGAUUUUUCUGAUUUCCUGAUAUAUCUCAAGUCUCAUAAAUAGAUGUUAUCUUACCUUGACAUGCACUUAGUUAUUGCAACAGAUGUUGAAGGGUCUGCUAUUUUUAGUGUUGGUGAGGCUGGUUGGGGACAUCCACCACUAUGGUUUGAGCCACUGGAGUGCUUGCUUUUAGUUGGCAUCAUAAGACUGUGAAAGAAGCAUCCAACAUAACUUCUUUGUACCCAGAGGAGCCAUAAUGUUAUGACAAGAGAUAAUGUGACCAUUGUGAACCAAUCUCAAGGGCAUUUUGUGUGCCCAAGGUCCAAAACUGGUGGACUAUUGAAAGGAAUCUUACAUGUUUGAUUUAUUGAGCAUGGAAUGCCAGUUGAUGUAAUUGUGUAAAAGUCAGUUUGUCUGGCAGUAUCCAUUUGAUGGAGACUUAGGCUUCAGGAAGAGCAGAAUAAAUGUAUGGCAAUAAGCCAGUGCAGAAGGUUCAUAUGCAGAGUUCUAGGUUUAGGUUCUAUAAGAUUAGAGUUCAGGUAGGUUUUGUUAGGAACCCAUGUACAUGUUAGUGGUUAUCACUGUGUCAAAGGGGAUAUUUCUCAUAGACAGGGUGCCAUAUCUCAUCUCCUGCUUACACUUUCAUCUGCUAAAAGUUCUGCCCAGUAACUUGAAAUAAAAUUGCUUUUCUUAACACAUUGCAUUUAUCACGGAUAAACCACAGCUUGUACCAAUUAGUUCCCUUCACUUAAGCCAUCAACACAUUUGAGUAGCAUUGGAUUUUUUUCUUUAACAUACAUGAAAUGUGGGCACCACACCCACAAGGGUUUUAUAUGAGGUAUUGCAGACCCCCCAAAAAGACUGUAUUGCUGUAGAUCAAGAGCAAGAAAGGAGCCUAGCAAUGGCUUUAUUGGAGCAGACAGCUAUGAGCUAUUAAAAAAACAACUAAACUUAGGAUUAUUCUUGUUGUGUUUGACACCUGAUUUCAUCAUAUUGAUGUAAAUUUGUCACACCUUUUUUUUCCUUGAUGGAGGGCAAUACCAGACACAUUUUGGUGUCAUCUGUGUUGGAACAAGCAGGAUUUACAUUGUAAAAAGUUAUCAGUGCACAUAAGACGUGAUUGAGGAGUUCGUCAUGGAAGGUUAUAAAGUACUGUUACCUUAAUAAUGUAUACCUGAAGAUGUGCUGAUUCAACAGUGAGCUAUUGCCGUACAGAUGAGGUAGAAUUUAACACUGUUGACUGAAAAGUGAACAUGUUUUUAGGUUUGGGCGUUGUCUGGAAUACCUUACAAACUGUAAAUAGUAUGCUGCUCUCAAAUGCUUAGGACAGUUACUUCAGUUACCAAUGACUGCAAUGUUCAUGACCACAGUAAUUUUGUUGUUUGACACUAAUAAAACAGCACAUUUUUCUAACAUCGAUGUCCAUACUAACCAUGUUUUGUACUACAUAUUAAAAAAUACUUCUUGCUCUAGCCUCACAAGAGAACAGCACUGGCUGCAGUGUCAAAUAGUGUACAGAUCAGGAGUUAAGCAUGGCAGUGUCAAGCCAUAGUCAGGGUUUCACUUGAGAUGUAAAUACCUUCGGCUGUAAACAUUUCUGCUAGCUAGAGUUUGAUGUUGAAGUGGAUAUUGAUACUGUAGGAGUGUAGCAGCGAUAUUCACACCAGAGUAUUAUAUUGUUGAAUAUGAUUUUAUUCUCUUCUUUUUUGUAGGGAGCGGGAAGAUGGGAGCCAGAGUGAAAAGAAAUCUUGUUAUCAUGAAUUUCUUUUCAAUUGUUGAAAAUAUAGUUGGGAUGGUGGUGUUUUUAAAACUCAUAUCACAAGAUAAUUUUUCUUUCAUUUUCUCCAUUGCCCUUCUUGCAGCUUUGCACUUAUUUUUCAGGGUAUUCUUGAACAUAUCUCAAGUUCCACAUUUUUCAAAACAUCUUGCAGAAUGGCAUAGUACUAGUCUGCAUCAUAAUAUUAAGAAAUGGCCUUUAGUCGCAUUUUGUUGGUGCAGCUGCACUCCUCAGUUAAGGAAUUGUUUCUGCGUGCAUGUGUGUUUAUAUGCAAUUGUGUGUUUGUAUGCAGUUGAGCAUGUAAGCAUUAACAAAAUGGCUGUUGUCUUGGAUUAUUUGUAACACAAAGGGAAUACAUCCAAAACUAGGGUUUCGAGCGGAUUUUAAAACCAUACUUUUGUCAGAGAAUGAGAAGAAAAUAUAUUCUGUGAUUUAAGAAGAGCUAGACGUUAUGUUUUGGGUUGGUAAAAUUUUGCUUUUUCAUAAGCAUAUAUCCAUAAUAUUAGCAUGGAUGAAUCCAAGUUAUCUUUCUGAAAUCCUUAUAUAAGCAGCAGCAGAACUUUUUUGUACAUUUGCAUUCCAUGUCAUUUGAAGCUCAUAGAUUUUUGUCAAGAUAAAUUCUAAUGUAACUGAACAGGGUUUAGAAGAAGGUACAUGUAUCAAAUUGGUUGAAUCAGUGUUUGAUGAAAAAAUUGAUGUUGAAAGCUGGUGUCCUUUGAAAAAAAAUGCUUUUGUUGAUUAUAAAGAAACAAAGUUUAUGUACUUUUAAACAUUCUGUGAGCUCUGUUUUAUGUAUGAUGAGCAGUGACAUUUAUAACUGGAUGUGCCUCUUUGGCAUUAAGACUUCGUAAAAAGGAAUACGUUGAACUUUUUAAGCAUGAAAUACAAUACCGGCUGCUUUGUUAAAAGCUAGCAUUGUAUGUGACACUAUUAUAGGAUUCCUGUAAAAUGCAGUGAAAUCUGCAACUAGAUCACACGUUUGGUUCCCUGGCAUGUGCGAUGCAGAAAUUUUGAGAUGUUCAACAUGAGAAAAGCCCAUUCUAAGGGAUAAUGGUUUUCAUUUGUUACCACUUAUAGACACUGUGCUACUCCUCAAAAGUUACUUUUGAAAUUAUCAGCUGUUAAGAUAGCAUCACAAUUAGCAUUGAAUUAUUUGCUUUUUUUGUUUUUCACAGAGCUGCAGCAUCUGAAUGUAAGCACUGUUCCUGGUUCUAAACUGAUAGAAUCUUGAAUUGCAUUAAUACAAGAAUAAGAAGUUUGGAAUUGCAAGAGGAAAUUGCAGAUUGCAUUUUGGGGCAAAAGUUCAUGCAGGUUGUUUUCCACAAAUGUUACAUCAAAGUGGCUGGUAUGAAGCAAUACACUGUAUUGUGUGUGCAUAUGUGAGUCUACCAUCUUGAAUAAGCACACAGCUGCCAGUUUAGUGUUUUCACCUCGUUCCCUUCACCCUCCCCAAUAUUCCGCGUGUCUUUGAAACUGAUGAAGGCUCUGUAAAGAGUGGAUGUGGGAUUUUUGUGUAUUUCAGUGGAAGAGUGACAAAAUAAAACGUUGGCAUAAAACAUA